AAGGUUUGUGAAGAAAAGUUCAGAAAACAACAACUCAACAGGGCGAGGAGAGGAAGCUGUUGUUCUCGUACUAUACCGUAACACCCCCUCGCCUUGUGUACAGUUUAGACUUCAUAAAAAGAACGCGAGUACUGGAAGGGAGCUCCUUCAAUGUCAGCUUAUGCUGUAUGUAGUGUGUUUGCCUGUAUCAACCCCAACCUGGACUUUGCUGGACUGGCAUUCUGAUUAUUUGAGUUCUAAUGGCGAGUGACACUGUCGUGACACUCGCAAACAAGCUACUUCAGCGCCUUGAGUUGCCGUAUCGUGUGAGUAAUGCAGAGCAGUGUGAUUCCAGUGUCUUUAUCGAGACGUUCUCAAGGAUUGCGCCUCGUAUCGGUGGGGAAUGGCCCGAAGAUGCAUCGGCAUCCAAGGAGACCAUGCGUCGUCGGUCGCGCGGCGAGUCGCAGGCUCGCAUUCAGCUGAUCCUGGACACGUUGCUGGCAAUGCUGUCGACCGACCUGUCGCACAUCAGCGCGCAGGCCGUGGUCAACGGCGACCGCAUUGCAAGGACGUAUCUGCUCGAGAUCUUCCUGUGGGUGCUGGACUAUCUCGACGAGGUCAGCCACAAGCUGGCACAGGCCAAGAGGACCGCCAGUGCCGGCGCCAGUGCAGCCCUGCCACCACCGAGCACUGCUGCUGCUGCUCGUCGUGUAGCGGGUCGGGCAAGCGGCACUGAUGGCACUGACUCGCUGCUGUCAACUCCUUCACUGUCCUUCUCCUCACUGUCAUCGGACUCCUCCGUUUCAAUAGAAGCAAGCUCACGCACCAGAGAGCGGCCCAGAAGCGGAAGGCGUACCCGUAAGCGCCGGCCAACUGCAACUGCUUCAAUCCCGCAAGCCAUCGAACGGCAGGAAAGGCCCCGGGUGGCAUUUGCCAGUGCGGAAUCAAGUGGGUCACUGUGCUCUGUGAGCGACUUGGCAGAUGCAGACAUCAGCAGUGCGGAGAGUCACGAAGGCAGAGCGCACGGCCCGCAUCACGUCAUGGCCGCCGACGACAUCAGCAUAUCCUCCAUUGCCAGCGACUCUUCAAAGACGGGCAGUCUUCUUGCGGCAUCCUCUACCGCUACCGCUGCUGCCACGACAUCGGGAAAUUUAGACAGCACGUCUGCUGGUCACCGUCGCUCCAAGCGUCGUCGUCACCACUGGGACGGAGAUGUUGUGGCCAGUGCACCAGUUGGUCACCGUCCUCACGACAAAUCUGGUGACCCAGCAUUACCCACUGAAAGUCCAGUAAGACAGCCGGCAACCACAACUGAACCUGUGUCCAGCACGCCAAAGAAACCGUCAAUUGCUCGACGCAUUGACUACUCCUCGCAGUCACACUCGACAUCGACAGGUAGCUCAUCACGCUUCUCCAGCACCCUGGGCCAACCUGGAACACAUGUGCCAGCAACAUCCACUGCACUGACUGCGGGUAUGGCGUCGUCUGAGCUCACUAGGGACUUUCCCCGCGCAACCAGCGCGAGCCAUCCCACUACAUCAUCCGCUCCUACCGCUGCGUCACCUGCCCAGCUGAGCGCCGCUGCUGCGUCGACCUCAGCUCAAGUGCCGUCUAAUGCCGCACAUACCGGUGCUGCUGUGAGCACGGGCUUACACUAUUCUCACAUUGACCACCACCAUCACCAUCAACACUGCCAUCAACAUGGCCAUACUGGUAUCGAGCACAGUGUAGGUCUCAGCACCAUUGUCACUGCUGGUCUUACUACUGGUGUCACUGCCGAGCAGCACCGCACGCAUUACUCUACUGCACUGCCGUCACACUCGCAUGCAUCGUUACGCCAGCCAGCCAUGCCACAGGGCACAGCCGGGGUUACUACCGACAUGCAGAUGCACAUACCCUCUCAGGCUGCUCAGUCGCCGUUGGCCGCAACGGCUGCUGAGCAGCGCCAUGCGACUACCAUCACCAGUUCACGGCACCAUGCUACUGCAACUAGUGCAUCAUCGCACGGUCACACCACAUCAGCGGCUGUUCGUGAAACCGUCCGGGCUUCAUCUCGUCAUCCUGUUCCGCCGCCGCCCGUAAUGCAACCGCUCGAUCCGGAACUAUGGCAACCGGCGUCCACUCAGCAGCAUCGUCCUGUGUCGUCGCGGCCGACUGCAGUCUCCUCGCAGCAUGUCCGCUCCGCACCGGGCACUCAUUCCUCGGCUUCGUCUUCGACAGAAAACACAUCUGAGUUGCUGCGUGGCCUUCCGUCGACGGGUCUCUCCGGCUCGACCAGCCUGAACACCACGGAUCUUCUGGCCAGCGAGGAGGGCGUCGAGCAUCUGGGCAGUAGAAGAUCAACGGCCGCACCACGGUCAUCGUCCGGAGCAACAGCAGCAGGAACCAGUCUACUACCAACACAACAGCCAAUGGUGGAAGCUGUGCCAAUACUGCCGGCGUCGGUUUCUCACCGUACGACAGUAGCCGCUUCGAUGGCGUCCGUGCAGGCUGCUCAGGAAACUGGCUACGGUUUGGGAAGUGAUGUUGCUAUGUCUGCUGUAGCGACAUCUGCAGCGCGACCACCGCCAUCGGCCACUGCCCUCGUACAGCAGCACUCGUAUUCUCAGCAUGCCAUGGCAUCAUCCUCGUCCGCUGUGUCAGCUGCACCGCCAGCCCGCAGUGCAGUGUCAAGGACUACGAUCGCGUCCGCAUGUGAUGCAGCGCCGCCGUCCGCUACUACUCAACACGGUGCUGCGUAUCCGCACGUUGCCACGAGUUCGUUCACUGCUUCCACGCGGUCUGCUCCUUCUGAUGGUAGCCUAUCCCUGUCUGUGAGACAUCCAGCAGCUGGCAUUGACCUGCUGUCGGAUCCAACCACCACUGCCGCCACCGCCGCCGUGCCACAGGUUGUCAGCUCCUUCGACUCCGUGCGCCCGCACGCCACGGACUCCGCACCAUCCGGCGAGAGUCGUAAUAUCACCGCCGACACCAAUCGCCGUCCGCACACCCGAUCGUUGGUCGCGGAACCACGUGAGGACACCAGCACAAGAGCACAUGGAGCGUCGCAGCACGCACAGGUUACAUCCACGUCGUCAGUGACGUCCACCGUGCGUAAGCGUCCAUCCGCCGUCAGUACCCAGCGUGUACCGUCAUCCAGCAGACAACCUGACGAUCAGCGUAGUGCACGCUCCCACCACUCUCGCCAUGCCACCCAGUACAGCAGCGGCACCGGUGGUACCUCUCGUCAUCGCUCUCAAUGCAGUGUGUCACCAUCAUCACAUUGUACAUCACACCGUACAUCACACCGCUCCGCUAAACCAUCACAUGACGUGCUGACUAGGUCACCACUGCAUCCCGUCGCUAAGAGUCGCCUGCCUCCCCCGAAACAGGUUGUGGAAGAUGAGGGUAGCGACGUGGACCUUGGCGAUUUCUCUGAUGAAUUUUCCGAUAACGAACAUCCGCCGUCGCCCACCGCUCCUGCACCACAGCGACACGGCCAGCAGGCGCCAGUUUCUUCACCGCCGCCGACGAUGCUGAAGUUCUCCGAGGCACGGCAGAGGAUCAAGAAGCUAGACACUGGCUACCGCGGCGAGCUGAGUCGCUUCCGCCGUCGCACUCGCAGCAUGACAGCAGGUGUGUCAGCAGCUGCAAAGGCCGGAAGAGCGGUGGCUAGUGGUGGUGAGGGUAAUAGAACAGUGUCUGCACGACGAGCUACCAAAGCUAGUGUGCAGUACGGACUGGACGGACGACGGGUCAGCAAACGCUCGACAAGGACGGCGACGGCUGUCUCCAAUGGUCGCCAUGGUGGGCCGGCAUCCUCAGCUGCUGGAGGUCAUUCACUACGUACGUCCAGUACUGGAGGAGCAGUGACAACAUCAGCUACAGCAGAGCAAGGCAAAUCCCGCAUUGCGGCGUCAGCAACCAGACGAUCGCCCCGCACUCUGUCCCAUCAUCGCAAUCGCCCAGCAAAAGCAGCAGCUGCAUCAGCAGGAGCAGCAGUACAGAUGGGUACUGGUACAUCACACCAACAUGCCUCUGAUGCUGAUGAUAUUGGUGAUGACUUUGAAGAGUCUGCGGACCAAUUAGCUUCAGCGGAUGAAGAAAACCAGCCGAGAGGUCCUGUCCCGCUAUCAGCUGGGCUACUGCCUGCCAUGGUUGACCGUUUCCCUCACAUUCAAGUGACACGUCAGACAGCACAGAAGAUGCUACAGCAACAGACUAAGCAAAUGAAGUCAAUCAUCAAUCAGAAACUGCAGGACAAACAGGCGCCAGACCAGCCAGCGAAACUGAUUGCUGAAGCAGAGCGUCGCCAGGCCAAGGUGGUCAGUUUGCUGAGGAAGGAGAUAGCACAUAAUCAGCGCAUGCAAGACCAACGUGAAGCAGCAACCAGGCAGCGUGAGGUGACCACACAGCUGCGUGAGCGACGACACGCUUCAGCACGUGCCCACCGCUACUACAACGACUUUGAACUGAAGAUGAAGUCGAAGUUAGCCAAGCAACGCAAUGCUGAAGAGCAGAUAUUCCGUAAGCUGUUCGAGGAUGGCCUGUCAUUGCAGCGCAGUCGUAUCCGAGAGCUGCGUAGCUACGCCAAGGAGAAAGGCAAGGAGUACGCUGCCAAACUACAGGACGACAUUGACUCCAUGGAGAAUUACUACCGUGAUCAGUUCUCCAUGCUCGCUGAGGUCAUGGAAAAGGAGCGGAAUGAUGAAGCUGUACGCCAAGCCGAACAGAACAAGGCCGUGGACCGUCUGAAGCGUGAGUUGCGCAAGAAGAUGGAGGACGACAUCACACGCCUGCAGGAGGCAUUAGACCAUGGCGAGGAGCAGGAUGCAGCGUAUGUGCGGCAGCUUGAGGCCGAUCGUCUACGCCAUGAAAUGCAGAUGAUGCACGGGCCAGUUCCACUGUGAUGAGCAAAAUGUCAAGACUGCUAUCACUGCCCUCAACCAACCUGAUCCAACAGCUAGCUGUGUUGCUGUCUGAAAGAAGGGGGAACUCCCUUCUUCGCUUCUUCCCUGCCGCACUGGCUUUCAGCGAGUGGAGAGUGUCGUAUCCUGAAUCUUGUAAAGAUCGUGUCAAGUGACCACCCCAUCCCCCCAUCAGUACUGCAGCAGUUGCUGCUACUGGGAGCCGAGUGAAUGUUGUUUGUUUGAAUCUGUACUGCCUGGUGCAAAUGUGCAACACCUCAUUUGUGACACUGACAAGGCAGCAGCCAAGUCAUGACCAGGGGGACCAUCAUCAAUACCAGCAGUAACAACAGCAGCACCACCACCACCAACAGCAGCAGUAGCGCAGCAACAACAGCACAAGCAGGAGCAGCAGUGGCAACAUCACCACCACCACCACCAGCAGCAGUAGUAGCAGCAGUGAUGGCACACAGUGAGAAGCAACACACCCGGGUAUACCUUAUCCUGCAUAUCUUCAUAGUGGAUGACAGUACACUGCUAACUGAUCCAGAGACAUGUUGAAGUUGAGUGAGCUAUGAACAGGGAACGGGGUGGGUUUGAGUGGUGGGUGUAUCGGGUUCUUUCUCUAUCAUCAAAAACAGUAUUCACUAUUUUACUCCUAUUCUCACAAUUUAUCAGUCUACGAGUACAAUGGAUUCAAUAAUAGUAAUGUGCAAGACUUCCUGCAGCCUCCAUUCUCACUGUUUAUUUUCUGCCGCCCCUCUAUAUCAACAGUUACCGACGUAGACAUUGUUACGUAUCAGGGUAUUAUUUUAGUUACUCCUGCAACGCCUAGCUUUCUUGUACCACCGCCCCUUUAUAUGGUGCCCAACAUGUUUGUUA